AUGGCCUCCUCCUGUGCAGCCGCCCACCGCCGCCUCCGCCCCCUCGUCAAGGUGUUCACCAUCGUGGGUGCCACCGGGUGCGGCAAGUCCCGCCUCUCCAUGGACCUCGCCUCCCGCUUCCCUUGCGAGGUCAUCAACUCUGACAAGAUGCAACUCUACCGGGGCCUCGACAUCACCACCAACAAGAUCCCCCUGGCCGAGCGCCACGGCGUCCCCCACCACCUCCUCAGCUCCUUCGACCCGAACGGUGCCGAGAUGACCCCGUCAGAGUUCCGCUCCCGCGGCCACGCAGCCAUCUCCGGCGUCGUCUCCGGCGGGAAGCUUCCCCUCGUCGUCGGCGGUUCCAACUCCUUCAUCCACGCUCUCCUGGUGGAGCGGUUCGAUCCGGAGGCUGAGGUUUUCAGCGGGCUCGGCUCGGCGGCGAGCCCCGAGCUGAGGUACGACUGUUGCUUUCUGUGGGUCGAUGUGUCGCCGCCCGUCCUGGAGGAGUACCAGUCGAAGCGCGUGGACAAAAUGCUCGACAUGGGCGCGUUCGAUGAGCUCGCCGGAUACUACGACCUGCGCCGGACCAACCCGGGGGGUUGGACCUGCCUGAGGAAGGCCAUAGGCGUGCCCGAGUUCGACCGUUAUUUUAUGACCUACCCGCCGCCGCGGGGGGUUGGCCCGGGGGACGGGUGGCGGCGGGAGGAUGCGAGGAUGCGGGAAGACGAUCCGGGGCGGGAGAGUGCAUACAAGGAGGCGGUGCGAAAGAUAAAGAAGAACGCGGCGGAGCUGGCGAAGUGGCAGAUUAUGAAGAUCGAGCGGCUGAGAGGGUGCGGGUGGGAGCUGCAUAGGCUGGACGCGACGGAGGCGGUCCGGCUGGCGAUGGCGGCCAAGGAGGAGGGUGGCGACCGGUCCCGGGACGUUUGGGAGAGUGAGGUCGUGGAGCCCAGCGUGAAAUUUGUGGAGAGUUUCUUGUGGAAGAAGCAGGUGGCGUGCUAUCGUUCUUGA